GGGAGACAUUUGAUCACUCCCGUACAUUUCGGGGCUGGGAUAAGAUCCAAUAUAAUGUAGAUUCUCCUCAGAUGUGAAGAAGUGGGGAAACCAUCCUUUCACAGAGUUUUCUCAUGGGUAAGAAACUGUCAAUGUAUCUCUGGUUGACGGCGGGGUCUACAAAACACACAAUUUUACUACCUUGAGCUAUGACACUGGAUGCAACGCCUUGCUGUAUCAAGGGGUUCAGAAGAAGGUAGGAGUCAUAGGUUCUAGAAUUGUGCGCCAUAAACGUGAAGUUUCUGUACUGGGGUUUUCUAAAGUGUUUUAGAAAGAGCCGUGCUCAAUUGGGUCCCUAUGCCGACCACUUUUCACCAUUUAAAGUCAUAUACAAAAAUAGGCAAAUUAACCCGAUUGCUAAUUUGUCUCAAAAUCAUAGAACACGUAUUUCUUUGAAUGUUCAUCUUCAGCCAAGGGCUAUACAACACUCGUGUGGCAUCUUCAGCGUCUCUGCUUUUCAAAGGCCCUUUACAGAUUGGACAAUGCAUUAUUCCACACACAUGCGGUUUAGGGCUGUCUAUUUUAAGGUUGUAAUUGCAUUGGCAUUUUGGACAUUUCUUGUUAAUGUCACAACUGCUUACAGAUUUACAGGCCUUGGGGUGCAAUGUUUAAAUUUUGUGUUUUUCGUAACAGUAGGCUGAACGACAUGUGCGGUGGCAAUCCGCACAGGGUGUCUGUCACGGCUGUUGAAAGGACUGGACCAAGGUGCAGCAUGAACGAGAGAGCCAUGGCAGCAGUGACAUCAGAAAAUCCAACGAUUGAUGAUUAUGAUUAUGAUGAUAGCAAAGCCCCUCCAACUCAGUCCUCAUUUGGCCAACCACCGGAUACAUCACCCAGUUCACCAUCGGACUACAUACUCCCUGUGGUCAAUGUGGUCAUCUUACUGCUGGGGGUUUGUGGGAAUGGGGUGGUCAUCUGGAUAGCUGGUCUCAAGGUGAAAAAGACGGUCAACACCACCUGGUACCUCAGCCUGGCCAUCUCCGACUUCAUAUUCUGUGCCUGUCUCCCCUUCAACAUAAUCUACAUGGUAACAAAGGAGUGGAUCUUAGGGCACUUCAUGUGCAAGUUCACCUCUUUUGUGAUGUUCCUCAACAUGUUCAGUAGCAUCUUCCUCCUAGUCGUCAUCAGUGUUGACCGUUAUCUACUUGUCGUAUUCCCAGUUUGGGCCCAGAACCAGCGAACCGUGAGGAGGGCCUCUGCAGUUGUGGUUUUUGCCUGGGCCGUCUCUGUUGCACUGAGCAUUCCCUCCACAGUGAUUCGUCAGGUAUCCCCAGAUGGCAUAACAUGCUUUAAUCAAUACCCACACCUUAACAGUCACAUAACUGUAGCUGUCAGUCGAUUUAUCAGUGGCUUUGUGCUCCCGGUCCUCAUCAUCAUCUUCUGCUACUCUGUCCUCAUCCUGCGACUGAGAACCAACAGGAUGACCAGGUCCUCCAAAGCCUUCAAGGUCCUGACUGCACUGAUAGCCAUGUUUUUCAUCAGCUGGCUUCCAUACCAUGUCUUCAUCCUUCUGGAACUUAAAGCCGGUGAUCAAACUUCUCUAACUGUUAUUCGUAAAGGGCUAAGUAUAUCUACAACUCUGGCUAGUGCAAACAGUUGCCUGAACCCAUUUCUGUAUGCAUUCAUGGGCAAAGACUUCAAGCAGAAAUUCUUUAACUCAAUCCUUUCUAAGAUUGAAAAUGCUUUUGAUGAGGAGGAACGCUCUUCAAGGAGUAGAGGGACCUCUUUCUCCCAGGCUGAUUCAAAAGUUUAUACAAAUGUCUGAUUGCCUUUCAACAAAUAUUGUAAAACAGGGCAAACUUAUGCCCCUUUUAAGUAUAUUUUAUAUACAAUAACCCAUUAAGUUCACAUAUUAAGGUCCAUAGUUGUGACAAUAUAAGAGUUGCUCUGUCUUAGCCAACUGUUAUGCAAACUAUGCAAAUGUUUUAACCCUGAGGAAAUAACUAAUUUAAAGUGAUUUCCUGUAACACACACACAAUUGCUGUAACGGUAUUGUUUAAAUGUAGUUGAAUGUCAUUUUCAUCACCACUCAAGUAACAUAAGCAACAAUAUUGUACUGUAUUGUUCUGCAUUUCCUGCCAUGCAUCACCAAUCUUUUGGUUGACAGGUUUUUGUGUAAUCAGAUUUGUACCAUGAAAUGUAAUUCAGCCCACCGUGCCAACAUUCAUCUGUCAGGUCAUCUGCUGUGACACUGAAAGGUCAAGUGUAAUUACAUAUCCUAUAGAGGAGCUGAGAAUCUUAUUGAAGAGCCCUGUGUUUAUACUUCACAAAACCGCUGUUUGUCAACAACUAUUUUGGAUGAACGUGAAGCCUUUGGAACUUCAUACUGUCUCUUACAAAUUGUGAAAUAGCUUUUUUCACAUGUCAAGCUGAAACUUUCUCAUGUGAAUCUAUAUGUUCACAUGUAUUAAAUUUAGAGUUAACAAGUUAACACCACCUUUCACAUGUGAGGAGAAUAACGUGUUUUCUCCUACCAUGAGUUGCAAGUUUACAUGUAAAAAACAUUGUGUAAUUGCAAGGUCACAUAUGGGUCUGAAAUAGUGUUAUUCUCCUCCCAUGUGAAAAAGUGGUGUUAACAUGUUGCAGUAGCAAUUUUUCCACAUGUGGGAAUUGCAAAUUAUGUAAUGCCAUUCUACUUUAAUUAAGUCAUAAUUAAAGUGCAUAAAAAUGUAUUAUGGUGCCAUCCACUUCAUUUUUUUCCCCUCCAUAGUGUUGCCUUGAUACACGUAUAUUUAGUGCUACCACGAGGAGGAGGCAUUCGGAGUGUUUCUGCUGCAGGCGCAUGCUCUCUUCAUACGUUGGUCUGUGGCUGUUGAAAGUAGCCCGGUGAAAAGAACCGUGAAGCUAGUUAGCUAGCGGUGUCUCCUUAUUUUUAAUAUCCUGUGUUCCAGUUUGUAUGCAUGGUUACGUUUUCAAAAUCUAGAGAGACAUUUUUUAACUGAACUGUAAUGACUUUUUGGGUCAUUUUGAUGAUUUAAUUGUUUUGACCAAGUGAAAAACAAAUGAGAUUUUUUUCCAUGAACAUGAGCAUAGCGAAGCUAAGUAACUAGCUAGCUAAAUCACUUUUGAAUGAAAGUCAAUGGUAACAUGUUGGCAUCUCAGAUGAUUUAAAACAAAUAUUUGAUACUUUUCGGGUCUCUUAAAUGGUAAAGAUUUUUACAAACAAGGGAUCAUAUUGAGUGUAUUUGCAUGUGUACAUAUGAACCACGUUAAUAUGUAUUUUAGAAUGUAAUUUUUUAUUUCAUCUAUAUCUAAUAGCUGCAUGCUAAUUUCUAACUGCUAGCUUGCUAGCUAGCUUAGUGCUAGGUGCUAGCUAGCCUGCCAUUUCAUCCCAGCUAGCUAGUUUUAGCUUCCAUUACUGUUUGAUGUCCAUUUGGAUUUUGUUCAUUUUUAUGCCAGUGUAUUAAAUGUAUUUGAAAAAUUGUGAAUGUGUUUGCUAUUGGAAUUAAUGUAAACAGAUGCUUUUCUACAAAGAGAGGAUUUUGAAUUUGAAGAGUCAAGGUUCCGAGAUUGAGAGAAAUGUGUAAUAAAUAUACAUUGGAAGAGAACCCCAGUGAAAAUAAGCUUACUCUGUGUCUCCUUAUUGAUCCUGUUUAACAUGUUAAAAUGUACAAUUAAAUAGUCACGUGAUGAGGUAUGCCCACCUGUGACUUCAGCAUCAGUAUUGACCCUCUUGGUCUGAAUACUUUCUGAUGGCACUGUAUUCCUCACGUGACAUUUUUCACGUGAUUUGUUCACACGUGUCCGAAAACCACAUUUUUUUAUGUUUAUUUUUGUAAGGGUAGUCAAAUGUGCAAAAUGGGAAUUAAAUACAUACUAAGCAACAACUUUGGUGAGUGAUUCAUAAAACUGGGAAUGAUGAAUAUAUUUGUGUUGUUGAUGUCAUUACUUUGAAACUGUAUGUGUGUAUGUAACUGAUUAGAACAAACAUCACAGUCAUCCUUCAUUGGAGCAUUAAGAAACAUUUAAUACCAGGAAUAUCCUGGGCAUAUAUUCAGGUCAACAUUACACAAUAUCAUGUGUUCCUCAUUGAUCAACAAAGGGGGGGUGUCGCGCCCUGACCUUA